UCUCUCUGGCUGCCUCGCCUUACGUUGGGAUUGUGAUCCAUCUAUGUGUCUAGCUGUCUAUCUCUCGCUGUGUCUGUAGCGCUCCGUUCCCGUUCAGGGUCAUUCGGUUCAUCCGGUGCUGAGCGCGAGCGACGAUGGCGACAUCACGGGCGGCUUCCCUGCUUCCGUUUUGCUCGUGACCAGCCGAGGAUUCCUAGAAAUAAAGGACGCAUUAAACCGUGGAAUAAAAACAGAGCGUUUAUAACGGAGCCCGGUACUGAAGAAGAAAAAGAAGAAGGGAGGAACCCGUGUCGGAGUCGGUGUCGGAGGGUGUCGGAGUCGGUGUCGGUGCGCGUGUUCUCCGUGUCUCCUAACGCCCUCCCCGUGUCUGUGUGAGAGGCUGAGUCACACACCGCCGGAGCCCCCGAAGGGUCCCGCGAGCAGGGAGAGCGAGACGCGGGGAGGGACGCAGUGAACGAGUGAGUGGACGCUGAAGCGUACAAAACAGGAGGAGAAGAAGAAAGAAAGAGAGAGAAAGGAAGCACAGUGGCAGGGGUGGGACGAGCGAGCCUGAGAGAAGAGGACGAGCACUGGGCUCCCCCCUGACCCCUGACCCCUGAACAAACCCCCCCACCCCCACCCCGAGCUCGGAGUCAUCAUGAACGACCAGAACGUGGUGAAGGAGGGAUGGCUGCAGAAGAGAGGAGAAUAUAUAAAGAACUGGAGGCCGCGAUACUUCCUCUUGAAGACGGACGGUUCCUUCAUUGGCUACAAGGAGAAACCCCAGGACGCCGACUUGGCCUACCCCCUCAAUAACUUCUCUGUAGCCAAGUGUCAGCUGAUGAAGACAGAGAGGCCGAAGCCCAACACCUUCAUCAUCAGAUGUUUGCAGUGGACCACUGUGAUCGAGCGAACCUUUCAUGUGGACACACCCGAGGAGAGGGACGAAUGGGUGGAAGCGAUCCAGAUGGUGGCAGACAAGCUGGCCAAGCAAGAGGAGGAAGGAAUCCUGUGCAGUCCCACAACCCAGAUCGAGAUCGUCAACGAGGAGGAGAUGGACACCUCCAUCAGCCACCACAAACGAAAGACAAUGAACGACUUCGACUAUCUGAAGCUGCUGGGCAAAGGAACGUUUGGGAAGGUGAUUCUGGUGAAAGAGAAGGCCAGUGGAACUUAUUAUGCAAUGAAGAUCCUGAAGAAGGAGGUCAUUAUCGCCAAGGAUGAAGUGGCCCACACUCUGACUGAAAGCAGGGUAUUAAAAAACACUAGGCAUCCGUUUUUAACCUCUCUGAAGUACUCAUUUCAGACCAAGGAUCGUCUGUGCUUCGUGAUGGAGUACGUCAACGGCGGAGAGCUGUUUUUUCAUUUGUCGAGAGAACGUGUGUUUUCGGAAGACCGGACCCGUUUCUAUGGCUCCGAGAUCGUCUCUGCACUGGAUUAUUUGCACUCUGCUAAAAUUGUUUACCGCGAUCUUAAGCUGGAGAACCUGAUGCUGGACAAGGACGGCCACAUUAAGAUCACAGAUUUUGGCUUGUGUAAGGAAGGAAUCACGGACGCCGCCACCAUGAAGACGUUUUGUGGAACUCCGGAGUAUCUGGCGCCCGAGGUGCUGGAGGAUAACGAUUACGGCCGAGCGGUGGACUGGUGGGGACUCGGUGUGGUCAUGUACGAGAUGAUGUGUGGACGCCUUCCAUUUUAUAAUCAGGACCAUGAGAAGCUGUUUGAACUGAUUCUUAUGGAAGAAAUCAAAUUUCCCAGAACCCUCUCUGCUGAUGCCAAGUCUCUGCUCUCUGGCCUGCUCAUCAAAGACCCCAACAAAAGACUGGGAGGAGGUCCAGAUGAUGCUAAAGAGAUCAUGAGACACAGUUUCUUCUCUACGCUGGACUGGCAGGACGUUUAUGACAAAAAGCUCAUCCCCCCGUUUAUGCCCCAGGUCUCGUCUGAGACAGACACCAGAUAUUUUGACGAGGAGUUCACGGCUCAGACCAUCACCAUCACCCCUCCGGAGAAGUUUGAUGAGGACGGCAUGGACUCAGCUGACAGUGAGAGAAGACCACAUUUCCCACAGUUCUCCUACUCAGCCAGCGGGCGAGAGUGAAGCUCGCUCGUUCUCCAGCGCCAGUGUUUUCAUCCGAGGCCAUUUAAGGAAAUUACGUAGCCAUGCUAGGAAAAGUCUGCACUCUUUCCCUUCCUCCUCUUCCUCCUUCUCCUGGUUUCUCUUUAAUUAUUCAAUGACUUGGGGAAGUUUUCAUUUUGGUUUUGUUUAUUUUUAUUUUUGAUGGUGGGGAAAAAAGGUUUUUUUUUGCACAGAUGGGUUCGACUGAACCUGGUCAAAAAAAAGAACAAAAAAAAAAAGAAGAAAGUCUUGUAGAUUUGCAGCAUUGUGGUUGUUUACAGCGGGAAUAUUUUUGUUUGGUUUUUGUUUGUGUUUUUGUUUUUUUUUGUUCAGUGCAUUAAAUUAUGUUCAUCAGUAUUACUAUUGAUGUUGAGCUCAUAGGUUUUUUUGUUUUUUUUUGUUUUUGUUUUUGCGUGUGUUUGUUCUAAAGAGCCGUUUUGGGGAACAAAACCAAAAAUGUUGCCUUAUGCGUGCAGACAGACCGGUGGACAGAGAGACAGGGUUCUUGGUUUGCAAAACCUUUUGUUUGUUGUGUUCUUGCGGCGCUCGGUUUAACGUUCCACCUCUCGCACUCUGUGACUCUGCGGGGAAACGUGUACGGGAAAAAGACACUAAGGUUUCUCGUUAUUAUUUUUGUUCAAAAGGGAAAGAUUUAAUUUACAGGACGCAAAACUGCCAGUUACCGUAACGUAAACCUCACUCAGGCAACAAACUACUCAAACCAGAGAGAGAGAGAGAGAGGGAGACAGAGAGAGAGGGAGACAGAGAGAGAGGGAGACGGAGAGAGAGACAGAGAAAGAGAGAGAGAGACAGAGACUGGGAGAGAGAGAGAGAGACGGGGAGAGAGAGAGACGGGGAGAGAGAGAGAGACGGAGAGAGAGAGAGAGAGAGAGACGGAGAGUGAGAGAGAGAGACGGGGAGAGAGAGAGACGGACGGAGAGAGAGACGGAGAGAGAGACAGACAGACAGAGAGAGAGAGACAGAGACGGAAAGACAGAGAGAGAGUGACGGAGAGAGAGAGAGAGUGACGGAGAGAGAGAUAGAGAGAGAUAGAGAGAGACGGAGAGAGAAAGACAGGUUUGAGGUGGUUUUGCUGUUAAACAUAAACUCAGUUACAGUAUAGAAUGUCAGAGCGCUGAUCUGGGAUCAGUUUUUUGUUCUUUUCUGGAGGAACAAGAUUCUAAAUUUUUCUCCCACAAAGCUGAGUGCAAAAAGGUUGUACAAAGGAGUAUUUAUGCAGAACUAUCACCGUCCUUAUAAUCCUUAAAAAAUUCUAGUGCUGAAACAUUACAUGGAUUGUUUUAAAAUAUAAAUGUAAGUAUAAAAAAACUAAUUUUGGUUUCUUCUACUUGUUUCUUCAGACGAAGCCUAGAAAUCGAAUAAUCAUGAAUGAAAAUAUGGGGGGGGGAGAAAAACUCACCAUUCAGUUUAAUUCAGUUUAAUUUAUAAAACACAUGAUUAAAAAAAUCGAUCAGUGAAGUGAAAAGAAAUGAAAGGAUUAAAGGGUUAAAGCCAAAAAAACGAUUCGAACGUACGACUUGGAUAAUUAUGACUUUUGAAAUUCUGAAAUGAAAAAAAAAACGAACCGAACAUGACGUACGAAGACCCGACGUGAGAGACCGAGAGGUGUUCUAACCGUUUUUUUGGUUAUUUGUGAGAAUCUGCUUCAGCUAAGGAGGCACGGUGGCUUAGUGGUUAGCACGUUCGCCUCACACCUCCAGGGUUGUGGGUUCGAUUCCCGCCUCCACCUUGUGUUUGUGGAGUUUGCAUGUUCUCCCUGUGCCUCGGGGGUUUCCUCCGGGUACUCCGGUUUCCUCCCCCGGUCCAAAGACAUGCAUGGUAGGUUGAUUGGCAUCUCUGGAUAAUUGUCCGUAGUGUGUGAUUGUGUGAGUGAAUGAGAGUGUGUGUGUGUGUGUGCCCUGUGAUGGGUUGGCACUCCGUCCAGGGUGUAUCCUGCCUUGAUGCCCGAUGACGCCUGAGAUAGGCACAGGCUCCCCGUGACCCGAGGUAGUUCGGAUAAGCGGUAGAAGAUAAAUGAGUGAGUGAGAGUGUUUCAGCUAACAAACAUAAACAGCUUUGAAAUAUCAUCUACAGGUGUACAAACUUUUGCACUCAUCCAGGAGUAAAGAUCUCAGAUAUUCAAGACACGAAAACCCGAUCCCGGAUCACAGCGGCUCUGUUUAUCAGAAGUUUUAUAGUCAUUUACAGAAGUAUUUAAUGAAAACAUGGAGGGAAAACAUACAACGGAGAUAAAUAUGAAUAUAGAUAAUAUUUAUAGAUGAUAUAUUAAAUAGGAGAAAUUCUAAUUAUGACGUGUAUAAAAUCCGGGCAGCGUUGUAACAGUUCCUGGCGAUAGAUAGCUGUGACACUCUGGACACACUCUGGAAUGUCACAUGGUCCAGCACUGAUACACACCCGGUAGCUCUAUGUACAGAAACCUCACUGCAGAUGAGCACCGUUACGCACGAAGGCUUGUGCGUGCGCUGUAUUCUGUAAAAUCCUAGAAAAGAAACAAAUCAAGGAUCAACUACUCAAGCUACUCUUUUCACAACACAAAUCUAACUCUUACUCUACAUGUUGUUUUUGUUUGUUUUGGGGUUUGUUUGUUUGUAUUUUUUGGCUGCUGUUCUGUCAUUACGCAGUUCAGUUGUAGAACGUGGUAUAAAGUGUCCUCCAGAAUCGUCGCCACCUUUCGCUUGUGAAAUCUACGGGGUUGCGCGGAUCUACGGGGUUACGGUUAUUUUACACGCGUGCGAACGUUCUUGUCGGAUGCUGAUCGUCAUGGUAACCGAGGAGGUCGAAGAAGGCUGACGCAUGUAUGUUUUGAGACACGAGGGGGAAUAAGCCACGUCGUCUCGGUCUGCUCUCGGUGCAGCGCUGGAGAAAGUGCCGUCUGCCCUCUUCCUCAUGCAUGAGCUUACAGACGAUUCUGAUCAGCACUGCAGAGAGAGAGAGAGAGAGAAAGAGAGAAUAGGCUCCUCCCACCAGGACAGUAUAGAUUUGUUUUGGAGAUGCAAGAACAAUAUAUGAAAUUAUUAAUUUAUUUAUUCGUUUUAAAUCAUGGGUGCCAAUAAUUCUGGAGGUCACCGAUGGAUGACAUAAGGACCAUGCGGCUAACCGGAACCCAGACCACAUCUCGUUUCCCCAAAAUCACUUAAAAGCGCAAUAUUCAAUAUGGAUGGUUGCUAGAUCCAAAAGUAAUGGCACUCCUGCAUAUGAGUGUAGCUUUGCACUGUACAAGUCAGUAUUGAACAAAUUCACAAAGCUCAACUCGGUGAUACUUGAUCCGCGAUACACAUUCAGACUCUGUGGUAAAUUCUGUGGUCUUUAAGCCCCGCCCCUUUUUUAAAAAUCUGCACCAAUGAGAUGAAAGUAGAAGUUAAAAUUGAAACGUUUUCUCUUCGUAUUGCAGAUUUCGCUAACGACGAAGCUACGUAAAGGUUUUUUAAAUAUCGGUAUCAUGAGACUUUUGUUUUUCUCCCUUUCAGUGUAUUUUUGUACCACAGUUCUACUUUUCACUCACGCCACCGUUACGCUCCGUCUCUCCUUCAGGUGUGAGAAAGGUGCGUCGUUUUGAAACGAAGGACGCGUCACGGAUUUUUUUUUUUCCGGUUCUUCGACGCCACUUGAUAAAUUGUUCUGUGGGAUUUUUGUUUUGUUUGUUUUUAAUACCAAAGCGAUGCUGCAGGUUCACAGUAAAGUCUCCUGCUUUGUUGCUGUUUGGUAAUAUUUAUUUUAAGUUAUAAUAAAAUGACGGAAAAAACUAA